AGUAAGCUCGGCAAAUGUAACGGUAACGGCAUACCGGUUUUGUGAAAUUUUGCGAUAAUUUUCUCGUCCGAACUGUCACUAUUCUAUAUAUGUUAUUCUUGAACUUGCUCUGGAAACAAAAAUCAAAAACGUAGUGUUUAAUUCUACGAAUGAAAAAAAUAGAUGAGAUGGAAUGUGAGACAUAAAAUGACAAAAAUGCUUUGUAAAAUCGAACUUCUUUACUUUUUCGUUUUAAUACCCCUAAAUUGGUUUCUAUUUAAGACAAUCAAUGCUUACAAUAGUGAGGAUUCUGAUAAUUUCACGAUAAUCAAACAAGAAACAUUAUGUGAUAAAAACAUAACGGAUUUCCCUACUGACUAUAAUAACAGUGACUGCUAUUUAAUAAGUGGUGUUUGUGAUUGUGCGAAAAUUUACAACAUCUCAUCAACAAUUAAUCUCGGAGAGAAUGAAGCUCAAGUUAGAAAUGAAUCAGAGAGCAGAUAUUUUUAUGACUUAUCUACUGCCACGUCAUUGCCACCACUACAAAACAAGAAAACAACCACUUCUGUUCCAGCUAAUAUGCUUCAGCAACCAGAUGAAAUUGAUGUACGCGAACACAGAAAUACUUUAUCAUCGAGUUCGUUACCCUUCAACAUACUAACAUCAAUUAGUCCUCAAUUAACACAAAACCAAUCAAUCUAUUUUCCUACGUUGACUAGUGAGACUACUACAACCACGAAGGAUGGUGUAGUCUCCAAUAAAAGUGCGAUCGACGCUAAACAGGAAUAUCUUUGGCCGGUAAAACGCGAAGCAGUCGUCGAAGGGGAUCUAAUCAUAGGUGGUCUAAUGAUGGUGCAUGAAAGGGGUGAUAGCAUAACUUGUGGUCCUAUUAUGCCUCAAGGGGGCAUACAAGCUCUGGAAACUAUGCUUUAUACUAUAGACCAAAUUAACUCGAAGACGUUUACAGUUAUACCUAAUAUAACUCUCGGUGCUCAUGUGCUGGACGAUUGUGACAAGGAUACGUAUGGAUUGGAAAUGGCUGUUGAUUUUAUCAAAGGUUCUAUCAGUAACAUCGACGGUGCGGAAUAUCAUUGUAAUAAGACUCAGGUUAGGAAAGUGAUAUCGGGCGUUGUUGGAGCUGCUUCCAGCGUUACUUCUAUUCAAGUAGCCAAUCUUCUGCGCCUUUUCAAGAUUCCACAGGUGUCAUUUUUUUCGACAAGUCCCGAAUUAAGUAACAAACAACGAUUUGAAUACUUUUCAAGAACAAUACCGUCUGACCAUUAUCAAGUCAAAGCAAUGGUGGAUAUUAUACGAAAAAUGGGCUGGAGUUACAUAUCGAUUAUAUACGAAGAGUCCAAUUAUGGGAUUAAGGCUUUCGAAGAACUCGAAGACCUUCUGGCUAAAUACUCGCUUUGCAUCGCAAUAAAGGAAAAAUUAGUCAAAGAUUCCGGCGUCGCUCGAGAAUCGGCGUACGAUAACAUUGUACACAGAUUAAUGACAAAACCAAUGGCACGAGGUUGCAUAGUGUUUGGCUCGGAUCAAGAAGUGGCAGAAUUAAUGAAAGCUGUGCGCCGAUGUAACGCAACCGGAUACUUUUCUUGGAUAGGUAGUGACGGAUGGAGCGCUAGAUCGUUAGUUUCGGAGGGAAACGAAGCAGAAGUCGAAGGCACUCUAUCGGUACAACCACAAGCAAGAGAAGUUCAUGGAUUUAAAGAAUACUUCUUGAAUUUGAACGUAGAAACAAAUACUCGAAAUCCGUGGUUCGCUGAAUUCUGGGAGCACCAUUUCAACUGCCGUUUAGCGAACAGUUCCAAAACACCGUACAAUAUGAAAAUUACGAAUAUGUGUAAUGGAACAGAAAAGCUCACUCUCAAUAAUACUGUAUUCGAAGAUCAGCUUCAAUUCGUAUCUGAUGCCGUUUUGGCUUUUGCGUAUGCCAUAAGAGAUAUGCACAAGGAUCAUUGUCAUGGUUUUCCCGGAUUAUGUGAGGCUAUGAAACCUACUAAUGGUACUGAGCUGCUGAAAUAUUUAAGAAAAGUGGAUUUUCAAGGUCUGAGCGGAGAUCGUUUUCACUUCAACGAAAACGGGGAUGCCCCUGCAAGAUAUAACAUUAAGCACUUCAAGCAAGUUUCCGAGGGAAAGUACGCUUGGAUAACCGUUGGUCAAUAUCUAGAGGGUGAACUACAAUUGAAUAUGUCAGCCAUACAGUUCAAAAUGGGUCAUCCGACUCUACCAGAAUCCGUAUGUAGUCUUCCAUGCCUGCGAGGACAAGCGAAGAAGUAUGUAGAAGGGGAACGUUGCUGUUGGCACUGUUUCAACUGUACACAGUAUCAGAUUCGUCAUAAAGACGAUCCGACACACUGUACGAAAUGCCCAAUGGGAACUCUACCGGAUAAAUAUCAUGAAUACUGUGAAGACAUUCCUGAAGAAUAUUUACAACCAGUUAGCGGUUGGGCGAUAGGAGCGAUGGCUUUUAGUUCCACUGGAAUUUUGAUUACGAUUUUCAUAUUCGGCGUGUUUAUCAAACAUAACGAGACGCCUAUUGUAAGAGCUUCUGGGCGAGAAUUGAGUUAUGUUUUACUCAGCGGUAUACUCAUGUGUUACAGUGUAACUUAUGCCCUCAUUUUGAAACCAACGGAUAUCGUGUGUGCCAUACAAAGAUUCAGCGCUGGUUUCUGUUUUACUGUCGUCUAUGCGGCACUCUUAACGAAAACUAACCGCAUAUCUAGAAUUUUCAACGCCGGAAAACAUUCUGCCAAGAGACCGAGUUUUAUAUCGCCACGAUCUCAACUCGUUAUAUGUUUCGGUUUAAUAGGAGUACAGGUACUGAUUAAUGGAAUAUGGAUGCUAAUAUCUCCUCCGAGAGCCAUUCAUCAUUAUCCCACCAGAGAGGACAAUUUACUGGUCUGUUCAUCUUAUAUCGAUGCAUCGUAUAUGAUAGCAUUCACUUAUCCUAUAUUCCUUAUCGUCGUUUGUACAACUUAUGCCGUUCUAACAAGGAAAAUUCCGGAAGCGUUCAACGAAUCAAAACAUAUCGGUUUUACGAUGUACACUACUUGCGUUAUAUGGUUAGCUUUUGUACCUUUAUACUUUGGGACUGCUAACCAUGUAGCUUUAAGAAUUACCAGUAUGUCUGUCACAAUAAGUCUAUCUGCCAGUGUUACAGUUGCAUGUCUAUUCUCUCCAAAGUUGUAUAUAAUCUUGAUUCGACCCGAAAGAAAUAUUAGACAAAGCAUGAUGCCAAUGAGAUACAGUGCAAUAAACAAGAGCUCUACUAACACUGGUUCGGGAAGCAUGAUGGCAGCUGUAAUGGUAACUGCCGCCACAUGUGACCAGAAACAAAAUAUACAAAAACAUGUUUCUCCUAUCGAUAAUGUUCCAGACGAUGUUUUUUACAAAGAUCGGAAAACCAAAGAUAGCAGUACUCAAACAACCCCUGAUAUUGAAAAAUUCAUUCCGAAGAUACCGGAAAGUAAUCAAAAGAUUAAUAAUAAUUGCAACAUUGGAAAUGGUCCGGCUCAAGAAUCGACAAACUUAAAAGAAGUGACUUCAUAGCAGUCGAAUGUUCGUAACUUAGAGGCUUCCGAUAGCAGACCUUCCAGUUUAAAACGAAAACCUGUACAAGUUUAAAAAUAUAUUAAAACAAGUAACCCUACAAUAGUGAUACAUGUAAUGCAAAAGUAUGUAUAGAUUGUUGCAAUUACAACAUAAUUCUAAUGAAUCUAUCCAAAUUUUAAUUAAUAAUGAAUAAAAUUUCAAUCUGGGAAAAAUGGUCAAGACCUAUUCUCACGUAUGCAAAAGAAACAAGCGCCGAAACAUCAACAAUAAAAAGAAUUAUGAGGGUGACUAAAAUAAAAAAACAAUUAAGUGAAUGAGCACCAGAAAUAAAAUGACAAGUCAGGAUGUUACAGCAAAACUAGGAAUUCAGGAUGUAGUGAAUAGUGAAAGAAUACCAACGAAAAGAUGAAUAAAUGGAUAUAAAAACAGAAACCAAACAAACGGAUACCACUAGACAGACCAACAAAUUGAUGGUAGGAGUUCAGCGUCUAAAGAAAACCUUAGGAAGGGGCCAACUAUUCGAUAUUGAAAAAAAAAUCCAAUUAUAAAUUCACCUCAUACAUAGAUAUAUUUUUCAUGAAACCUCCCUUGGGCUUUUGUCAUAUUCCUAUUAUAUUUGAGGUUAUUGAGAUUAAACACCCCAUCACUUUUAUAUAUAACAAUACUGCACAAGAAAAACUGCAUUCUGUCCGAAAAGAUUUGGGUCUCCUUCAACAUAAAUUAGUCCAAUAUGUUAGGACGCGUUAGAACUCUACAUAUUAUAUGCUCGAAAGGCUAAUGCAAGAAAAACGAGCCAUUUCUGUCUAUCUGACGAACUGUCAUAUUGCCAAUUUGACUGCUGCACAAUGGGAGCUUUUGUAACAUCUUUUAAAAUUAUUUCAACCAUUUGAGGAGAUAACAAAACUUAUAAGUUCCGACUACGCUUGCAUUUCUGAAAUUAUUCCGUAUGUUGCUACCUUAAUACGAUAUUACAAUAAAAUGAGCACGUCAAAAGAGCUAACACCCAAAUUAAGCCAGGCAAUACUCGUCAUACAACAAGGGUUACAAGAACGAUUUGAAGACAUUACAACGAGUAAAAAUCAUUUGGUUGCUACCUUUCUCGAUCCAAGAUUUAAAAUGAAUGUUUUCACCAAUCAACUGCAAAAAGAAAAAGUGAAGCAGUAUAUAUUAAUCGAUAGCAUGAAAAUGAGCUGUGAAGAAACAAGCGACGAUAGCGAGCGUUCAUCCCCUACUUUGGCCAAGAGGAUGAAAACUGAAGAGCAAAGUCUAAAUCAAACUAUUCACUCAACUUUUAUGGAUUGCUUCGAAAAGCUGAUAGCAGAAAAAAGCACAGGUUCUGGAAACACAUCAACAGAAAAAAAUGCAUUUUCAAGAGAAAUGGAUCUUUUCUUAAAUAAAUCACGUCAUGACAACCCUUAUACAUGGUGGCAAGCAAGAAAAUUUGAAUUUCCCUGUUUGAUUAAGAUUGCAGCAAAAUAUUUGUCGGCGCCCGGAAGUAGUAUUUAUUCAGAGCGCCUUUUCUCCGAAGUUGGGAUUGUCUACGAGAAAAAAAAAAGGAGUAAACUUUUUCCUAAAAAUGCAGAAAAGUUAGUCUUUCUGCACCAUAGCCUUCCCCUUCUAAAUUUUGAUUAUGAAAAUAAUUCAAAUGCAUAGAAAAAUUCUCAACUUGUUUAAUACAGAAAAUGAUUAAAUUAUGUACCAAUGACUACUUCAGUUUUGAUACAGACAAAAGAAAACAAAUAUUUAUAAUUAGAUAUGCUUUUAUUGUUUCUCAAAUUAUUCUCCAUCAAGUUUAAUACACUUUUACAAGCGCUAGAACCAAUUAUCGAAGCAUUUUCUUCAUCAAAUUGAGGUACCUCAAAAACAUGUGUUUUGAAGGAAGAACUGAUUUGUAGAGAAACGUUGACAUCACUAUUUAUUUUUGAUCUGCGGAAGAAGAAAUCAUUGGGAAUCAAACAAUAGCUGAAUGGCGGAUAAACCAUCAAUUCGAUGUAUUAACUGUUGAAACAAGUUUCUGUUUGAACGAAUGUGUAAGACUUCGCAUUGGUUGAUUUACCUGAUUUUUUCGAACACUUCUGACAAACAAAUACUGAUGUACCAUUCAUAAUUGACCAUUUUACGUCGGAAUGGUGACAUGUUUUUCGUCGCUUGUCACGAUGUUAUAGACGUCUUUUGGAGCAGCGCGAUUUUUUCACACCAAUCGACAAAAGCUUUUUUUAUGAACGAUUUUGAUUUUCAAAUUAUACUCUAUCCAACGGGAACAUAUGUUCAUGUAAUAUUGAAUGUUUGCGAAUGGAACUAAUGCCCAAGUAUGCCUCAAUCUCAUGCUAUGUCGCAUGACGAUUUUGCAAUAUCAGUUUAUGCACAGCAUCGAUUUUUCCAGAUAUAACAAGCGAUUUUGAACGACCUUCGCGAAAUUCAUCGUAUUGCAAAGUGCUCGAGAUGGUACUUCGUUACCAAAAGUCAAAGAGGAUUAAUCCGCUCAUUGCUGUUGGUUUCAUCGAUGUCGAAAGUCAUAGAAAAUCAUCUCAUGCAAGUGUUUGCGAUUUAAUUCCAUGUUUUGAUGAAGAUGAAUGUUUCAAGUAUUUUUAAACAAUUGAAUUAGCACUCGCAUAACAACACGUUCUGAGUACAUUCACCAUUAAAAAUGUCAAACUUUAUGAUGGCAAUGUGAGAUUUGACAUAUUCACAUCAGUGUUGCCAUAUCUCAAAGCUUAAGCAGUAACCCUCGUACAGGAAACGGACAAACUAAAUUCAACACUUUUCUGUCGAUUGGAAAUUUGAAAACUUCUUUCCAUAUCACAAGUAGUGAGAAAGUAAUAUUUGAAAACAAGAAAUGGAUAGUUGGUCAUGAAUAUAUUAAUAAAAUUUAGAAGACCGAAGAGAAAUUGCAUAAUAAAAAGGAUGAAUGAAUGCAAAGCCAGCUGUAGUAUACAGAUGAUAUAGUAUUAGCUGAUAAUAAAAAAAUAAAAAUAGAAAACGGGGGCUUAUAUUGUGUUUUUAUUUUAGGUUAACGUGAUUCAAUAACACUGGGUAUUGGCACAAGAACGAAAAAUUGGAAAUGACAUGAAAAAUUUGGUAAAGAACUAUUAGAUCUCAUGAUCAUAUUCUAUAUCAAAGGUAUCUCAAUAGAACUGUCGAAUGUUUCCUUGAGAUUAGUCUUGAGAUCAAAUUGCUGGUAGCUAGUGGAGUAUUGUACCGUAUUUACUUGAGGGUCGUAAUAACAUGACAAUCAUGACAAAUAGGACAACUUUCUGAAGACAUCAAAUAACCGUGUGUAAGCUUGUUAUUGUUAAUUCCAAGUCUUUUUUCUCAUAGCUUAUUAUGAAGUGUUGUCAUUCUGCCAACAAUCUAGAAUUAAUUUAAGAUACUGUUACUUCAAGAGCCUAGAGAAUUCGGUAAAUGUCAUUUCUUUUGAUUAUUGGGAGACAGGUGAAAGUUGUUUCAAUUGAUGAAACAAAAUCAGUAUGUCGAUUUUUUGUGGGGAUGCUGUAUAUUUGGCGAUUUUAAACACCAUAUGAUAAAGGUCAGCGGUAGAAACUUAUAAGAUUAAGUGACUCCACAACCGACACAGAAGUCAGUUUUUUUUAUUUCAUGAAUUGAAUGUUUAUAUUUAUAACAAAGGUAUUGGAAUUAUAUUUAAUUGUAACAAAUUCUCAAGUUGUAAACGUGUAUACUGAAAAAAAUUUGUUUAAGUAUUUUGAGGAUAUUAUUGAUAAUAUGUGAAACGAUAUUGUAUGAGAAAUUUGAAAUAUGUUGCAAGCGCAUCAAGCAUUUUUCAUUUAUCCAUUUACUUUCGGACAUACAGUUCAUGUACAUCCAUUAAAUGAAAGAAAAAAUGUACUUUUUAUAUCAUUGAAUAUAUCUGAAAUCGUAAAAUGUAUAUAGUGUUAUAAAAAAUAUUUAACUUAGAUGUUGAAAAAAAUUUAAUGAUAAAUUUAAAUGUUCCAUAUAUAAUCACAUAAGAACAGUUUGUUGAUUCUAAUAAGACUGAUUAUUUACAGACCGCUACUUUUGUAAAUUGUUAUUUAAGGUAGAUAUUUAAAUUUAGAAAUUAGUUUUUACUAUAGAAUAUUAAUACAGGGUGAGACUUAAAUGUAUGAAAUGUAUUAUGUUAUUGAUUCAUAGAAUGUUGAACAAUACUUGUAAAUAAAUAAGAGUUUGUUUAAUAAUUUAAUUGUAUAUGAAAAUAUGAUUAAAAAUAACUGGAAUAUAA